AUGUCCACAGACGAGGCCUCAGAGUGGGUCACUGCCAUCGGGGAGGACUCGGUGACGUUCUGGAAGGCGGUGAAGGAGGCGGGGCUUCUGGACGAGGUAGUCCAGGACUUUGAGACUGAGCUGCAGGACGUCCUGAAGGGUCUGGAGGAGCGAGCUGGGGACCCACCACUGCAGGUCAAAGAUGCGGUGCUGCUGAACAACAUCGUGCAGAACUUUGGGAUGUUGGAUCUGGUGAAGAAGGUUCUGGCGAGUCACAAGAGCCAGAUGGACCGAUACCGAGAGCAGUACUCCAGAAGCCUGGCAGCUCUGGAGCAGCAGUGUGAUGAACACAGACAAAGAGCCAAAGAGCUGAAGAGCCGCUCUCAGCACCUGAACAAUGUGCUAAUGACUCUGACCCCGGUGCCGUGUCCUGCCCCCGCCAAGCGCCCGCGCCUCACCCGCGCCGUGUCGGGCCCCGCGGCCGUGGGUACCGUGGGUACCAUGGGCACUGUGGGUUCCAUGGGCACUGUGGGUACCAUGGGCACCGUGAGCACCAUGGGUACCCUGCCUCUGGGACAGGUCCUCACUGUGUCCGGGCCCCAGGGGGGCUCCUACACUCUGCUGGCCUCUCCCCUGAACCCUGAGAUCCCAGACACCUCCAACCUGACCUCGGGCCUCACCUCGGGCCUCACCUCGGGCCUCACCUCGGGCCUCACCUCGGGCCUCACCUCGGGCCUCACUGUGCUGCCAGAGGGGCUGGUGAAGGUGCUGGGGCCGCAGAUACAGCUGCUCACUCUGCCCACGGGAGCCACUAUCCAGCAGGGGGCGCUGCAGGAGGCCAUUCUCCAGCAGGGGGCGCUGCAGGAGGCCACUCUCCAGCAGGGGGCGCUGCAGGAGGCCACAGUCCAGGGCCUGUGUGACGGGUCUGCUGUGGGGAACGAAGACCUGCCCCAGGGAGCCCUGGAUCCAGAUGGGCCCUCAGAGGAGGCCCCUGCAGAAGGACAGGACCUGACCUCAGACUGA